UUGCUCUGCAAAGCGAAAGUAAAUUCACUGUGCGACUUCAGGGUCGUGUACAACUGUGUGUGCAAGAGGUACCAGUUCGGAGCAGUAGCCUACCACGGAUGAGUAGGCUAUGGAUAUGCAAAAUUAUGUUCCCAGGCUAAAUGAAUAUGCACAGAAAGCACGCUUGAAUUUGAGAUAUGAGGACGUCGGUACAGAAGGGCCAGACCACUGUCGGACAUUCACUAUGAGAGUUGUUAUGAAUAAUCAGGUCUAUCCUGAUGGAGUUGGACGGAACAAGAAAGAGGCUAAACAGAAUGCGGCAAAAAAUGCCUUGGAAGCCUUAAUGGAAGAAUCGGUCCAGCAGAAUGAUUCCGUGACCAGUCCACGUGAAUGUCCAUCGCCACUUUCCUUUGGAAGACCUAUCACACAAGCCAACUAUGUUUGCUGGCUCAAUGAGUACUCCCAUAAGAUGAGGCUGUCUAUAAAGCCUAUAGAGUCUGCAAGAAUGGGCCCAGGCAAUACCACACAGUGCUGCAGCUAUGUUGUUGGAGAAAAGCAAUUCCCAGAGGCCUUUGGGAAAACUAAAAAAGAGGCCAAGGAGGAGGCAGCAAAGAUUGUGUAUCAGGAGCUAUGCCGAGAGCAAACCACAGAUGGGAUAGAUGAAAACCACAAUGAGGGUACACCUGUAAAAAACAUGAUGAGUUCAAGUGUUUCUCCUCUCUGUGAAAACUUUGAUAAUCUUACUUUGACGUCAACAAUGGAACUAUCAUCUAUUAAGCAGGAGACAAACUAUAUUGGAAAUCUGAAUACCCACUGCCAGAAAACAAAACUAGUACAUGACUAUAAAUUGGUGGAAAAGAGAGGACAGGCUCACAAUCCUGUAUUUGUUUAUAAAGUGGUCAUUAAUAAAAAAGAAUACCCUCAUGCCGAGGGGAAGACUGCUAAGGAAGCAAAGCAGAAUGCCGCCCAGCUCGCCUGGGAAAGCCUACAGGAGGAGACUGACUGGAACAGCCAGGUAUCUUGUAGGUCAACAGUUUCAGAUGGCAAUACAUCAUCUACUUCUUCUAGUUUACGUGAUUCGCAAGAUAACGAUGAAUCAGACAGAAAGGCUGAAAGUACAAGUGAAUCCAUUAUCUUCAAGGCUACAUCCAGUUGCAGUACCCCCAAGGUGGCUGGCACUCCUGCAGAUGUCAAACCCAAGAGAAAAUUGGCAGUAACCUUUCUCAUGGGCAACAGGAAUUCUCAGGAAAAGGUUGUUUCUCCAUCGAAUGCCAGUUUGGAAACAUCAACAGGAAAGACCACCAACCAGCCUACGAACUCAAGGUUUCUACACGACUAUGACACAAUCCAGCGAAUUGGGAAAGGAGGAUUCGGCAAUGUGUUCAAGGCAAAACGGAAACUUGAAGACAAAUACUUUGCAGUGAAGAUCGUACAGAGUACAAAGAAAGCUCUUCGAGAAGUUGGUGCUUUGGCAGAGCUUGAACACCCCCAUAUAGUUCGCUACUACACCGCUUGGAUUGAAGACACAAAGUAUCAGAGUGAAUCCUCUGACGGCAACAGCAGCACAAACUCUGGCAGUAAUUCCUCUGCACAGUACUUGUAUAUCCAAAUGGAACUGUGUGAAGAGGGAACACUCAGAGAAUGGAUUAAUCAGAAGAAUCAUGAUCGUGACAAGGACCCUAAAAGGGAGAAGGACGCCCUGCGCAUAUUCCGGCAAAUAGUUGAGGGGGUGACAUACAUCCAUUCAAAGAACCUCAUCCACAGAGACCUGAAGCCCUUAAACAUUCUGUUUGGGAAUGACAAAGGAGUAAAGAUUGGAGACUUCGGGCUUGCGACCUUUGCUGAGUGUGACAGUGAUGAAAGCUUGCUCCAGAGGACAAAAAAAACUGGAACAAGGUCUUACAUGAGCCCUGAACAGAUAAACCAGAGUAUCUAUGACCAAAAAGUGGAUAUUUUUGCCUUGGGAUUGAUUUACUUCGAACUUCUUUGGAGGCUUACAACAGCACAUGAAAAGAAAAAAGUGUGGGAAGACGUGAGAGGACACGCAUUUCCAUCCCGGUUCUGUAAUCAGCACCGCUUCGAGCAUAAACUCAUUGAGCGUAUGUUGUCUGAAAAACCAGAAGACAGACCAGAUGCCUCCGAGAUCUCUUCAGAGCUGAUCAAAUACUGCACUAACCUGAAAAAACGGCAGCUUGCAAAUCAAGACUCCAACCGAACUGUGUAG